UGGUUUGUAUUCUGUCAAAAAGUCAUUAAAAAUAAACACGAAGGAAAAAUUAAUAUUAAUUAAGUUAAAUUUUCGAGUAAAAUGGCCAGCAAAUCAACCACUAAGAAGUUUAAAUGGUCCAUGGAGACGACAACCAAACCGCGAUCCGAUAUGCAACUCACAUCUCCGCCCGGAUUCAACUUGUCCGUGGGCCAAAGUCACAACGAAGUUGCCAAAGACGAGGACCAAUCGCGUCUCAUCAUCAAGAAAAGUUGGGAUAUCGCCUUGGCGCCCAUCAAACAAGUGCCCAUGAAUUUACUUUUCAUGUACAUGUCGGGCAAUUCGAUUUCCAUUUUCCCCAUUAUGAUGGUUGGCAUGAUGUUGAUCCGGCAAAUCAAGGCACUUUUUUCGACGACAGCUACUUUUAAGUUAAUCGAGGGCACACAAGCAGGCGGGCAGAAAUUCGUCUUUUUCUUGGGAAAUUUAGUGAAUAUUGGACUGGCUCUGUACAAGUGUCACAGUAUGGGACUGCUGCCAACUCACACGUCAGAUUGGUUGGCUUUCGUGGAGCCGCAAUCGCGACUCGAGAACUACGGCGGAGGGAUUUCGUUGCUUUAGAGCGGCAUAGAGAGUAAAUUUAAAUGUAGCGUGGUUUUUAUUUCAAUUUUCUUCGUAAAAAUAAUUGACUAAAAUAAAUUAACAUUGGCA